CCUCUCGCCGUCGUCCUCACUGUCCCCCCAGCUCGCUCGCGUUCCCACCUCGUCAGAUCUCGCGCGCCCCGCCGCGAUGGGCUCCGCGCACUCCUCCCACUCCUCCGUCUCCACCGCCGGCGGCGAAGACGACGACGAGGAGGAGCCCUCAGCCGCGGCUGCCCCCUCCUCCGCGGGCCCGCCGGCGCCGCGGCGGCCCGCGCUCGAGCCGGCGCCAGUGCGCGUGCCCCCGGCGGCGUCCGCGUCCAAGGUGCUGGAGCAGGAGCCCGAGGUGCUGCCGUGCCUAGCCGCGGACUCGCCACUCUCGCCGCAGCCCUCGGCGGCGGGGACCCCCCGCCUGCUCGCGGGCCCCGGUAUUAAGGUCUGGGACCCGUGCCACGUCCUCCUCCCGCCCCCGCCCGCGGCGCACGCGGGGAGGCACGCCGACGCCGCCGCGGCAGUGGAGGUCGUGGUGGUCAGCCACGGGGAGUGCGCCGCGGCGAUGCGCCCCGACCUCGUCGGCGGCCGGUGGCCGGCCGCGGCCCUCACGGCGCGCGGGGAGCGGCAGGCCCGCGCUCUCGCCGUGUUCCUGCGCUCCCGCGGCGCGAGGCUCGCCGCGGCGUUCGCGUCCCCGCUCGACCGCGCCCGCGCCACCGCGGCGCUCAUCUGCCGGGAACUUGAUUUCCCGGAGGAGCAGAUUCAACUAUCAGAUUCUCUGACUGAGAUGAGCCAAGGUCAGUGGGAGGGCUGCCCAAAGUCAGAAAUUUAUACUCCAGAAAUGGUCAAUCUGAUGGAGAGCUCCCAACCUGAUUUCUCAGCACCAUCUGGUGAGUCCCUCAGGCAGGUACAGUUUCGGAUGAUGGAAUUCCUCAACCGGACCAUCCUAAGGCUACCAGAAAAGGUAGCAAUGGGGGACACACUAUCACAACAAAAUGAGCCCAAAGGGUUCUCUCGACAGAGCUCCAGCAAUUCUGUCCAAGAUGGUCCUCCUUGGGAUCUGCUGUACAGGCUCAACCGACAUAGCCUCCAAAAAAAGAAAUCUGGGAAGAGCCGGCUCCAAUUUGUCACUUCAGGGGACAAUGAUCCUGAGGAUGACUUCUCCCCUAAAGAUAUAAACCAGAGGCAUCUCCUUCAUGAAGGAAGUUUAGGGAGUUCUGUAGCCACCUCCAUUGCGAUUUUCAGCCAUGCGACCCCCAUUCGUUGUCUGAUUGCAGGUCUGCUGGAUUGCAAUCCUAUGAUGUCACAGAGAAUAUGUAUAGACGAUUCCUCGGUUACAGUUCUUGAGCAUUCAUCGAGAACAGGGUGGCAAAUAAAAAGGCUGAACGAUACUGCGCAUCUCAGGCUUCUCUAGGUGCAAGAUGCCAUGCUGUUCAGUGAGAACAUAACUGACGCGUGUAUCAGUGCAAGAAUUUAUCAAAGAUUCUGCAAAUCAGAUGCUCAUGCCAUCAGAAGUGUAGUCUCAUCACUGUAUUUCAUUUGUAUCUAUGGCAAUAUCUCUACGCCAGGAAGAGAGGUUGGCCUGUAACGGUAUUGUGCUAUGUUUGUUGUUAUUCUUUUUUUUUCUAAUUAUUUAUCAAGUGUAAUUUCCAGCUGAAUCUAUCCCCAUUUUUUUGGGUGGGUGGUUAGUGGGGGCAUAUUUCAAUGCAUUAUUCUUUUUGGGCCAAAUAUUUCGUGAGUUUCACAUAUUGUGUAUCCUUGAGGCGAGGGUGGUAUGCAAAAAGCAGUCCAUCGAAUUUUGGGCGUAACUGCCAAUGGUA